CCCCGGGUGAGAGCCGCCUACCUUCAGUCACCGCCCACGGCCGGGCCGCCACCAUGGCGCUUCUGCUGCGCUUCGUCUUCUUGUGCGGAGUCGCGGAUUUCACCAGAAGUUUGAGUAUCACUACUCCUGAUCAGAUGAUUGAAAAGGCCAAAGGGGAAACUGCUUAUUUGCCAUGCAAAUUUACCCUUAGUCCAGAAGACCAGGGACCACUGGACAUCGAGUGGCUGCUAUCACCAGCUGAUAAUCAGAAAGUGGAUCAAGUGAUUAUUUUAUAUUCUGGAGACAAAAUUUAUGAUGACUACUAUCAAGAUCUGAAAGGACGGGUACAUUUUACAAGUAGUGACCUCAAAUCUGGUGACGCAUCAAUAAAUGUAACAAAUUUACGGUUGUCGGAUAUUGGGACAUACCAGUGCAAAGUGAAAAAAGCUCCUGGUGUUGGAAAUAAGAAGAUUCAGCUGACAGUUCUUGUUAAGCCUUCAGGUAUAAGAUGUUACGUUGAUGGAUCAGAAGAAAUUGGAAAUGACUUUAAACUAAAAUGUGAACCAAAAGAAGGUUCACUUCCAUUACAAUAUGAAUGGCAGAAAUUGUCCAACUCCCAGAAACUGCCCUCCUUAUGGUUACCAGACAUGAAUUCACCUGUUAUAUCUGUAAAAAAUGCCUCUACUGAGUACUCUGGGACCUACAGUUGUACAGUCACAAACAGAGUAGGCUCCGAUCAAUGCCAGCUACACCUGAAUGUUGUUCCACCUUCAAAUAGAGCUGGAACAAUUGCAGGAGCUAUUGUAGGAGUUUUGCUUGCUCUAGUGCUCAUUGGUCUUAUCGUCUUUUGCUGUCGUAAAAAGCGCAGAGAAGAAAAAUAUGAAAAGGAAGUUCAUCAUGAUAUCAGGGAAGACGUGCCUCCUCCAAAGAGCCGUACAUCCACUGCCAGGAGCUACAUGGGCAGCAAUCACUCAUCCCUGGGCUCCAUGUCUCCUUCCAAUAUGGAAGGAUAUUCCAAGACUCAAUAUAACCAAGUACCGAGUGAAGACUUUGAACGUGCUCCUCAGAGUCCGACUCUCCCACCUGCUAAGGUAGCUGCCCCUAAUCUGAGUAGGAUGGGAGCGGUGCCUGUGAUGAUUCCAGCACAGAGCAAGGACGGGUCUAUAGUAUAGAGCCUGCGUGCUUUCUCCUCUGCUUUCCGUGGUUCUUUUCUCCUCUUCAAAUAGGAAGACUGUUCCGUUCUCAAUUCUGCUACCAGCCUCAAAAUACAUCAAGAAGUUAACCAGAAACUAAAAAUUAUACUUUAAAAAGUUUUGUUUGGCUACUGAAAGAGUACAGCAUUGAAGUUACUAAAGACAGAUUCACCAACUGAAAAAAGAUUUCCUUUAAGAGAUUGAUAUGAUAGAUUUCUGAAUAUCAAUACUUAAGAUAGAGCACUUUGAAUAUGAAAUCCUAGGGAAGAAAUUGGUGAACUUACAUGCACCCUAAGUUGAUACUUGAAUCAUGUGAAAGUGGCACUCCCUAUUUUCUACCAUUAUUUUUAGGUUGCCUUUCUCAAUUUAUGAUCCGGUGUCCCCUCCAAAUUGGUAAAGAAACAUUCAUGGCAAAAAUACUUAUGACACAUCUAUGUUUGUUCUUUUUAUAGCUUCUUUGGAAGCUCAUUUAAAUAUGAGUUUGAAAUAUCUCUAAUAACAUAGAAAACACUACAGUGUUCUAGAAAUUACUAGUUUUACUUCCGAAUCAUUCAUAAACCUUAUCUAUGAAAUGAUUUCUAACUAUUUAAUUGAUAGACUGCUAUAGGCAACAGGGACAUAGUAAGGUCUUUUAUAUCCUAAAAUAAAAGAGCAUCUCUCUGAUUCAUUUAGAACAUUUGCUGCCAGCUACAUACAGCAAUGAUACUAGUUAGUGGUGCAGUAGUGAAUAUGGGUUUUGUUGAUGAGUGAUCUGAUGCCUGAGGCCCAUGGCUGUCUUCAGAACAAUGACCAGUCAGAACAAGGGUGGAAUAUUUUGCAGUUCCCAACUAAAUACUAGCCCUUGAGGUGAUAUUUUUCUAAUAAGAAAAAUUAUAAUUCACUUAUUAUUUGACAGUUACAGUUUGAAAUUCCCCAAUUAUUGGUUCCAAAUUUAAAAACAUUUUUCCCUAGUUGGUUCAGUGUUUUGGGGGGGGGGGGGGUUGUGUUGGUGUUGCAUAAUAUAUGUUCUAGAAACAUGUAAUCCUAAAUUUACCCACUUGAAUGCAGUUCCUGGAGGAUAUUUUCUUCAUGGACUCGAAUGAUGAAAUACAUUUUCAGCUAGUAGGUGUCCUCCAUCGAUUCUGUAUUUCAGACUUGGGAAGGAUGUGUAGCUGCUAUUGUAUGGCCAACAUGUCUCUGUAUAGUUGCAGAAAAUCAAGAUGAGCUUUGAAAAGAGUGAGUCUUAGUUUUGUGAAAGUGAUUUAUUCUUUAAAAAAAAAAAAAAGGAAGAAAUGAAAGGAAAAGGAGUAGAAGGUAUACUCCUAACUGCCAAAUGUGUUAAAUACCGUUGUAGUAGAAGAAAGUGAGUUUAUUGUAUUUCCCUUAAGAUUGUGAGGGAGUGUGGAUAUAGUAAAAUGAGCCAACGGUUUCUUUAUAGUAAAUAAGGUUUGCAAUAAAUUAUUUCACUAGCUCUAAAACCUUUUCCCUAGAUUUUGGUAGGGAGUUGGUUUCUGUUGAUCUCUUUGGGUGCUGUGGUGGUAAAUGCUACAUUAUAAAUUGAUGUUCGUAUGAAUUUGAGAUUAGACAGUAUUGUGUAUACUUUUUAAUGCUGAACUUAAGCUGAAUGUCUGUGUAAUGGAUUAGUGUAUAGUUUUAUAUAUUUGGAAGCGUUUUUUAGUAGGUUUUUAACCCUAUAUAAUAUUGCUUUUAUACUUGUGUUAACAUUUUCAUCUGUGCCUUUGGGUAAUUUUAAUUUUUAUUAUGAAUUUCUGGUGCCUAUGAGCUAGCUAUCACCUGAAAGGUGCUUAGAGGUGAAGGUACUGUUCCUAAAAACACAUCACUGUGACACCUUUUCUUUUCAUACUUUGACUCUUGCCUCCACUUCCCUGUUCUUUUUGGUAGCAACUUAACUGAUUGUGUUAUUCAUAAAGAUUUUAAAAUUUCAACAUCCCCAGCACUGUGUUUAUGAUUUUAUAUCAGUAGCUAAUUUUGAGUGCCAGAUGUUUGGCCUCUUUUAUAUGAUAAAAUUUAUAAGAUAGUAUAAGAAUAAAUAACAGAUCACAAAGUUAAAUAAUGAAAGCAUUUGGUCCUUCCCACCCCUAGUUUUCGUACAGUAAAGAUUUUGCUGCAGUCUAAGUAGGAACUACGGUAAAAGGUGGACAUGUCCUCCUCUUCUCUAGUCUAGGAUCUGGCUCUGAGUGAUCAGACUCUCUCCCAGAAGCGCUUCCAGCUCCAUACCGCUUACAGCCUGAGAACGCAGCUCGUAAAACAUCACUUGUGUGACCUGAGAAGACCAGCUGGGUGGGAUUAAGUUUCCAGGACAGAGUUCAGUUUUAGACUUACUUCUCCAGCUGUUCCCAUUGUAAAUUUCAGCUGAUCCCGCAGUCAGGUCAGUCAGGUACUGAUAACUUCCCAAGUAAUUCUCGGUGAUAAUUCAGUUGAACUAGAAAUAUUUGUUCUAGAAUGACUGUUAGUAAUCAUCAAGCAAUUCAACCAAAACUGGUUAUUCAGUCCUUACCAUGAGAAAGCCAAACCGGGCCACUCCAGAACGGCCCUGCAUCUUUGAGGAGAAUCCAUUUGAUUCUACUUGACACCUGAGACACUUGACACCAUCUUGUUUUGAGUUACACAGGACCGUUUGAAAAGAAAUGAUACUGGAGAGUAUGAGUUCUGUGCUUGGAAUAUGUAGUUCACUGGUGUUCUUUUUCUUAUUGGCAGUCUUACCAGUAUUCCCCUCUUCGAGAACCCCCAAAAUUUCUUACCAGUUACACUGACUAGUUUAUUUAGGCAAAUAACUAUGCCAUGGAGUGGUUACAAUGGAAACACAGCCUGUGUGUGUCUUGGGAGGAGUUCAUUAGAUUUAUGGAUAUGAAGAAAUAUCUGAUUUUGUUAAAAUGACAAUUUUUAAGAUUGAGUUCUGGAAAUUUGGAGCAAGUGAAGGGGCAAGUAAACAUUUUGAUUAAGUAUAGAAAGAACUCAUUGCAUGAAGUUGGAUAUCCAAUUCUGUAAUGUAUGGCUUCUUAAAAUAACUUCUGUCUUUUUGUGUGCGUGCGGCAUGUAAAUUUGAAGUUUUCUGAAUGUUUAAGGUUUAUUUCUAAUCAUCUCCACAGUGUUUCGGGCUGUCGGAUGCCUUAUUCCAGUGUGAACAGAAAAAACAAACAUUUUAUGUGGUUAAUGCUUUGAUGUGUCACGUUAAGGAGUAGUUUGUAGAAAAUGUUGGCACAACUUUAACUUUUUAGUGGCUUGUGACAUUAUAUAUAUGUACAUAUACCUUUGUAAUAUUCUUGUGUUUGGUAGUAUAAAUGUUCUGGGCAAGUUUUAAUAUUUCCAAUGCCUUUAGAUAGUCUUGCAAUAGAGGCAACACAUUCUGCAGGUGGAGUUUUUACUCGUUUGCCUAUUUUGACACUAAAAAAGGUCCAUAACUGAGCACAAAUUCUACAAUGUUACAGAAGUAAGGAAAAAUAAUAAAUAAACUUGUGACUUGUGGUUCUGUUUAUCUUAUAGAUGGUAACAUCAAAUAAUUUCGUCAUCUAGUCUCUUACUAUUAUUUAAAAAAAAUACCCUGUUUUGUAAUUUUAAAAGUAUGGUGUAUAACGGUUGGAUUUGGUCAUGAACACUAAAAGCUCCAAUCAAGGAAGAACUCUGUUUUCUGCUAAUUUAAUGACAUAAGUUUUAAGAGAACCACAAUUUAUUCACUUAUUCUCAUUCCUAACUGUGAACUUUUGUGAUACACUUGUACUACUGAGAAAAAAUAUUUUGACACUUCACAUAUGCAAGUAGAGAAUUGGUAAGUGUCAGUUUCAAAAAUGAUUUUGUAUUUAAAGUUUCUGGCUUACGUAUCCAAUGGUGCAGAUUUUGAAAUUUGUAAGAACAAAUUUGUUUAUAAAAAAACCAAAAACUUGCUCUAGUUUUGUGACCUUGUGUACUUUUGAAAUAAAAUCAAGAAAGCA